GCGGCGAUGGCGGGUGCCCGGGACGCUCCUGCCCUGCUCUGGGUGCUGGUGCUGGCGCUGGCGCCGCGCUCGGCGCCCGGCCUGGAUCUGCUCGGCGCCCGGCCCACCCUGUACCAGGGGCCCCCGGGCAGCUACUUCGGCUUCGCUCUGGAUUUCCACGCGGACGAGGGCAGGACGAGCGUGGCGGUGGGGGCGCCCCGCGCCAACACCUCGCAGCCCGGCCUGGAGCAGCCCGGCGCCGUCUUCCUCUGCGCCUGGCCCCCCGGCGAGACGCCGUGUCGCCCCGUGCCCGUCGACGCCGAGGGCGACGAGACGGAGACCAAGGCGUCGCUGCAGCUCCGCACCUACAAGUCGCACCAGUGGCUGGGGGCGUCGGUGACCAGCUGGGACGGCAAACUGGUGGCCUGCGCCCCGCUGCAGCACUGGAACGCCAUGGCCGGCCGCCAGGAGGCUUUCCAGACGCCCGUGGGCGCCUGCUUCGUGGGCGGCGGCGGCAGCGGCGGGUGGCAGCGCUUCGCCCGCUACGCGCCCUGCCGCGACUCCGUCAUGGCCAACACCUACCGGCAGAGCCUCUACGCCUACGACAAGCGCUACUGCGAGCUGGGCUUCAGCGCCGCCGCCGGCCCCGGCGGCACGCUGGUGCUGGGCGCCCCUGGCGGCUACUACUUUGCGGGCCUGCUGUACUCGGUGAGCGCCACCGCCAUCCUCUCACGCUACCAUGGCGCCUCGCUGCUCUGGCCCGAGGCCCCCGGGCGCCCCACGGAGCAGGAGGCGUCGCGGGACUACGACGACGGGUACCGGGGGUACUCGGUGGCCGUGGGCGAGCUGGACGACGACGCGGACACGGUGGAGUACGUGGUCGGGGUGCCCAACAAGAGCAACAGCCAGGGCGAGGUGGAGAUCUUCAGCGCCGGGCGGAGCCUGCGGCGGCUGCAGGGCAUCGCCAGCGAGCAGGUGGCAUCAUACUUCGGGCACACGGUGGCCGUGGCGGAUGUCGAUGGGGAUGGGCGGCACGACGUGCUGGUGGGGGCCCCGCUGUUCCUGGAGCGGCGCGCCGACGGCACGCGCUACGAGGUGGGCCGCGUCUACCUCUACCUGCGGCGCGGCGCCCGGCCCUACGGGCAACCCUGGCAGACGCUGACGGGCACGGACGCAUACGGCCGCUUCGGCUCGGCCAUCGCCAGCCUCGGCGACCUGGACAAGGACGGCUACACCGACGUGGCCGUGGGCGCCCCGUACGGCGGCGACGCCGGCAGCGGGCUCGUCUUCGUCUUCCUGGGGCAGAGCGAGGGGCUGGCGCCGGCGCCCUCGCAGCGCCUCGAGAGCCCCUUCGCCGGGCCGGCGGCCUUCGGCUUCGCCCUCCGCGGUGGCUCCGACCUGGACGGCAACGGCUACCCGGAUCUGCUGGUGGGGGCAUUCGGCGCCGCCGCGGUGGCCGUGUACCGGGGGCAGCCCGUGGUGGUGGCCCACGCAGGGCUGACCGUGCCCGACGGGCUGAACGCCGAGGAGCAGGCGUGCGCGGCGCCCGGCUCCGGCACCCGCGUCAGCUGCUUCUCCGUCUCGCUGUGCGUGAGCGUCUCGGGCCAGCGCGUCCCCGAGAGAGUCCGCCUGCUGGCCGACCUGCAGCUGGACCGCCUGAAGCAGAAGCUGGCCCGGAGGGUGGCCCUGCUGGCCAACGGCCAGUCGUCCUGGCGCCAGGAGCUGGCGCUGGCCCCGGGGACGCCGCCGCUGUGCCGCAACCUCACUGCCUACCUGCGGGACGAGGCCGAGUUCAAGGACAAGCUGAGCCCCAUCGCCGUGAGCCUCAACCUGACGCUGGCGGCGGCGCAGGGCGCCGACGGGCUGGCGCUGGUGCUCUACGGGGACACGCUGGUGCAGGAGCAGACGCGCAUCGUGCUGGACUGCGGCGACGACAACAUCUGCGUGCCCGACCUCCGCCUCGCCGCCGACACGCCGGGCACACGCCUGCUCGUCGGGGCGGAGAACGUGGUGCGCCUGCGCGCCAACGCCAGCAACGCCGGCGAGGGCGCCUUCGAGGCCGAGCUGUGGGUGCAGCUGCCCCCCGGCACCCACUACCAGAAAGCCGUCAGCGACGUCCAGGAGAAGCUCAGCUGCAACCCCCGGAAGGAGAACGGGAGCCACGUGGUGGUCUGCGAGCUGGGCAACCCCAUGAAGGCCGGCAGCCGGAUCACCGUCAACAUGGAGCUGAGUGUGUCCGGCCUGGAAGACGAGGGUGACGCCAUCGCCUUCCGGCUCCAGCUGCGGAGCAAGAACAGCCACAGCCCCAGCAGCGCCGUGGAGGUGGUGAGGGUGCCCGUGGAGGCCCAGGCGGCCAUGGAGCUGCGAGGGACCUCCCUGCCCGCCACCGCGGUGCUGCCGCCGGUGUGGCAGGCGGUGGAGGGCAGCCGACGGCUGGAGGACCACGGCAUCAAGGUGGAACACGUCUACCAGCUCCACAACAAGGGUCCCGGCACCGUGAACGGCGUCACCCUGCGCCUCGCCGUGCCCAGCCGGCUCCAGGGCAGCCUCCUGCUCUACCUGCUGGAGCUGGGCACCGAGGGGGGUGUGAGCUGCACCGAGCCCCCCGGCCUCAACCCGCAGCAGCUGGAGAUCCCCCGGCCCACGGGCGCCUCGGCCCGCAACGGCAGCCACCAGCGGGAACGUCGGGCGGUGGGUGAGCAGCCCCCGGCCACCCCUGGGGAGCCCGUCAACGUGAACUGCAGCGCUGAGCCGUGCGAGAGCAUCGUGUGCGAGGUGCAGAGCCUGCCCAAGGACCAGCGGGUGCUGGUGAGCGUCCAUGCCCUGCUCUGGAUGGACACCUUGCACAAGCACGAGCAUCUCCUGAAGCAGUUCCUCAUCCAGUCCCGGGCGUGGUUCAACGUCUCCGGCAUGCCGUACCGCAUCCAGCCCCGCGUGCUGCCCAGCGGGGAGGCCACGGCCGUCACGGAGGUGGUGCGUGUGAGCCCCAGCACUGAGAAGAAUGUGCCAGUGUGGUGGGUGGUGCUGGGUGCCCUGGCCGGGUUCCUGCUCCUCGCCAUCUUCAUCUUCGUCAUGUGGAAGGUGGGCUUUUUCAAGAGGACCCGGCCACCCAUGGAGGAUGACAAGCAGCAGCUGACGCCGGGCCAGGCCCAGGAGCCCGGGGAUGCUCAGGGCUAGCGGGGGGCACGCACCCCCCCCCGCACCCCUGCCCAGCUCCACUGCAAGCCCACAUGCCCCCCGUGGCACCAAUCGCAAGGGAUGCUCUGGCCCUGCUUCCAUGACCUGGCCACCCACCGCAAUGCCUUCAAUGCCCUUGGGUGCUCAUGCGUCCCACCCUGAUGUCCCUCCUGGCACCUAUGGGACAUGGCCACCCCACUGCUGCUUCCUGGAGAAUAAACCCCUGCCUGGCA